ACUUGCAGCUUGAAGUUGUUGAAGAGCGAUCAAUUGCUUCCGAUGAGUCUCUGUCUAGCUUCAAGUUGUAGAGGUUACUUACUGACUAUACUCCAUGAAAUGCUGUAUCGAUUGUCCAGCACCGGCAGGUCCCUAUUUUCUUGUUAUACUUGUAUCUAUCAGAAUUCCUCGUGGAAUUCAUUGCCAGCCUUAUGAAACCGUCGAUCGUCCUUAUUCUAGCCUUUCAUGUUUGUGACUGGAUCGACACUGCACAUCAUUCGAUCACCAAUGGAAAAGCAGAAACAUACCUCACCAGUGUAUUGCUGUGUACAAAUUUACCGGCCUCCUCUGCGGGGUUCAUCGCCAGGAUUAUAGCAAAUUUGAGCACCAGUCGGCUGAUAUUAAAAGGCGCAAAGGGUGUGCUAUCAGGUGAAAAUUUGAAAAUGCAAACUACUACUACUCACAAUGAGAACGCAGGUACUCUCUUCAUUGCAGCAGGCCACGGUCUCUGUGCAACUCUCGCCAUCUGGCUGACACGCACCGACAGACAUUAUAGAUGUUGCCAGCGCAAUAAUAACAGUGAGGAAAGAGAAGCGCAUUGUUUGUGCGAGGUGGUGUGAGGUACUCCAAUAAUUUCUUUGGGCACCAUCAUUGGGCAUCCGGUCAUUACGUGAGAAGCUGAGCUAGUCUCUUGCUCAAUGCCAGC